CGGGCUGGUCAACAAGUCAGCUGUCGGGAGAAAAAGGGAAGAGCGGCGGAGGAGAGCACGGUCCCUUUAAGGGAGGGACGGCAACUUCUCCGGAACCUCUUUAUUUUUCAUUAAACCGUCGGGGGGAAUCUGGGGUUUCCAUAUAUUCGGUUAAGGUGCAGAUACUGGUGGAGGGGAGGACGCCGAUCAGGUUUUUUUAAAUAGCAGUUUCCGAUCCUAAGAGGUGGGGGGGAAGCGAAGAAAAUGGAGUUGGAGGACGGAGUUGUAUACCAGGACGACCCGGGCACGUCGGCUCUGAUGUCCGAGAGAGUGUCGGGCCUGGCCAACUCUAUCUACCGCGAGUUCGAGCGCCUCAUCGGCAAAUACGACGAGGACGUGGUGAAGGAGCUCAUGCCUCUGGUCGUGGCUGUGCUGGAGAACCUGGACUCGGUGUUCGCCGUGAACCAGGAGCACGAAGUGGAGCUGGAGCUGCUCAAGGAGGACAACGAGCAGCUGAUCACCCAGUACGAGCGGGAGAAGGCGCUGAGGAAGCACGCAGAGGAGAGGUUCAUCGAGUUUGAGGACUCUCAAGAGCAGGAGAAGAAGGAUCUGCAGGUCCGGGUGGAGACGCUGGAGUCCCAGGCUCGUCAGCUGGAGCUCAAAUCCAAGAACUAUGCAGACCAGAUCAGCAGGCUGGAGGAGCGAGAGACCGAGCUCAGGAAGGAGUACAAUGCGCUCCAUCAGAGGCACACGGAGAUGAUCCACAACUACAUGGAGCACUUAGAACGAACGAAGCUUCAGCAGCUGACGGGUGGAGAGGCUUCUGACACGGGGACCUUCGGCAGGGUCAGAAAGGAGCGGCCCGUGUCUCUGGCCAUAUUCCCUCUGCCUGGAGGAGAUGCUCUCCUCACCCCCGACCUCCAGAGGGAGAGGGCGGAGACCCCUGGUACGGACACCUGGAGGUACAACGACCUCAGUCACCCGCGUUCAAACACCAGCCUCAAGUUGGAGGCAGAAGAUUCUCUAAGGAAAAGGGAGGGUAAGAGUUCACAGGAGACUUGGGGGAAUUCGCUGGCUGACAACUGCAAGGAUGAGCUGUCUGACGUCAGCCAAGGAGUCUCCAAGUCGGCCACCCCCGCGUCCACGGCAGCCUCGGACGUGGCCAUGGGCUCUGUGGACACGCCCCAGAAAGCGGAGGCAGAGGGGCUGAACAAGAACCUGAACAGCAGGAGCAGGAAGCCAGACAGCAGUAAGAACAUUGACGUUCAGGCCGCCCCAGGGACCAAUUCUGUCUCCAUAGGUUUAAGUGACAAUGAGGAGAAGUCGGAGGUCCAGGCGAUCAUCGAGUCCACGCCUGAGCUGGACAUGGACCUCAGCAGCUACAAGGCCGCCAGUACCCCUAUCAAGGGCGUCGAGAACUUGGCAUUUGAUCGCAACACGGAGUCGCUCUUCGAGGAGCUCUCCUCCGCCGGCACAGACCUUAUUGGAGAUGUAGAUGAGGGGGCCGACCUGCUGGGUAUGGGCCGUGAAGUUGAGCAUCUCAUUCAGGAGAACACACAGCUUUUGGAAACAAAAAACGCCCUGAACGUGGUGAAUGACCUCAUCGCCAAGGUGGACGAGCUGUCCUGUGAGAGGGAGGUGCUGCAGUGCGAGCUGGAGGCUGUGAAGCAGGCCAAGAGCAAGCUGGAGGAGAAGAACAAGGAGUUGGAGGAGGAGCUCAGGAAGGUACGGGUAGAGGUGGAGGAGGCCAAGCAGAAGGCAAAGGAGGAGGAUGAUAGUGACAUACCCACAGCGCAGAGGAAACGCUUCACGCGUGUGGAGAUGGCCCGGGUGCUGAUGGAGCGAAACCAGUACAUAGGAGAGGCUCAUGGAGCUAUCAAGAAAGCUGUCAGAUGGACUGAGAUGAUCCGAGCUUCGAGGGAAAACCCGGCACUUUCCGAGAAGAAGAAGUCCAGUAUCUGGCAGUUUUUCAGCCGGCUCUUUAGCUCGUCCAGCACCGCCGCCCGGAAGCCCGAGUCUCCGGUCAAUGUCAAGUACAACGCGCCCACGUCGCACAUCGUGCCCUCGGUGAAGGCCCGCAGUAGCACCCUGUCGCAACUGCCCAGUGACAAGUCCAAGGCCUUCGACUUCCUGAAGGAGGAAGCGGACCUGAGCAGCUCACCAUUACGGAAGGAGCAGAUGCGAGCUCAGUACAAGCAGGUGAAAGCUCAUGUGCAGAAGGAAGAUGGCCGCGUGCAGGCGUACGGGUGGAGCCUGCCGCCAAAAUACAAGGUAACCAAUGGCGGUCAGGCAGAAAACAAGAUGAAGAACUUGCCUGUGCCUGUGUACCUAAGGCCCUUGGAUGAGAAGGAUGCUUCUAUGAAGCUCUGGUGCGCUGCCGGUGUCAACCUGACCGGUGGGAAGACCCGCGACGGGGGCUCCAUCGUGGGGGCCAGCGUCUUCUACAACGACGUGCCUGGAGCCGACAGCGAGGGCCACAAGCAGAAGAAGGGCUCACAGAGCAGUUUGGACCGCCUGGAACAGGAGCUCAAGCUUCAGCUGGGUAAUGAGCUGAUGCGCUGCCGUGUGAUUGGCGGACAGGAGCAGGAGAAGGAGCUCCGGCAGCACGAGGAGCUCUCCAGCCUCGUGUGGAUCUGCACCAGUACGCACUCCACCACCAAAGUCAUGGUCGUGGACGCCAACCAGCCCGGCCACAUCCUGGAGAAUUUCUUUGUCUGUAACUCCCACGUACUUUGUAUCGCCAGCGUGCCAGGCGCCCGAGAGACAGACUACCCUGCUGGGGAGGAGGUACCGCAGGAGCCAGAGGCUGCCCAGAACGAGAACACCUCUCUGACGGGCAGCAUGGCCAGCAACAGCUCAGCGGGCAGUGACAGCAUGCUGGGAGGCAUCACCGUGGUGGGCUGCUCUGCGGAGGGGUCUGCCGCCGUCCCGCAGACGGCCUGCAGUGCUGUGGGGACUCCCGAGGAGCCCAGCACACGCGGGGACUCCGGUGAGGCGUCGCUCUCAGAAAGCACCGCCGAGGACUCGAUCGCCACGGCAGAGGAGGCUGCCGAGGAAGCGACUGAGGCUACUGAGGCUAGCCCCGGGACCGGGGACGAGGGCGAAGGCCUGGACAUAAGCCAGCCAUGCAUCUACACGGAGCACGUGUUCACCGACCCGCUGGGUGUGCAGGACACCUCAGAAAGCCAGGCCUCAUAUCCACAGAGGGAGUCGGACCUCCUGAAGGACGGGGUGGCCACUUUGCCGGACGAGCAGGACCUCAUGCGGGAGGAGGCACAGAAGAUGAGCAGCGUGCUGCCAACCAUGUGGCUGGGGGCCCAGAACGGCUGUGUCUACGUUCAUUCAUCUGUGGCUCAGUGGAGAAAAUGCCUCCAUUCCAUCAAGCUGAAGGACUCCAUCCUUGGCAUUGUCCACGUGAAGGGCAGAGUGCUGGUGGCCCUGGCUGACGGCACGCUGGCCAUCUUCCACCGAGGCGUCGACGGUCAGUGGGACCUGACCAACUACCACCUGCUGGACCUGGGCCGGCCCCACCACUCCAUCCGCUGCAUGACGGUGGUGCACGACAAGGUGUGGUGCGGCUACAGGAACAAGAUCUACGUGGUGCAGCCCAAAGCCAUGAAGAUCGAGAAGUCUUUUGACGCCCAUCCCCGGAAGGAGAGCCAGGUACGUCAGCUGGCCUGGGUGGGGGACGGCAUCUGGGUGUCGAUCCGGCUGGACUCCACGCUACGCCUUUUCCACGCCCACACCUACCAGCACCUGCAGGACGUCGACAUUGAGCCCUACGUCAGCAAGAUGCUCGGCACCGGGAAGCUGGGCUUCUCCUUCGUGAGGAUCACCGCCCUGAUGGUGUCCUGUAACCGCCUCUGGGUGGGAACCGGCAACGGCGUCAUCAUCUCCAUCCCUCUGACAGAGGUUCGUCAGCAGGGACGUGACGCAGGCUUAAGGGUAAAUAAGGUCGCCACUGGAACGGCCCAGCGACCAGGCAGCGCGAUCCGUGUCUAUGGCGACGAGAACAGUGACAAAGUCACCCCCGGCACAUAUGUACCCUUCUGCUCCAUGGCGCACGCACAACUCUGUUUCCAUGGACACCGGGAUGCUGUGAAAUUCUUUGUUGCCGUCCCAGGUCAGGUGAUCCCCUCAGCCGGCGUCGGAGGAGAUGCGAGUUCUGACAAAGCCGGAACUGCCGCCUCUGACAGCCAGACUCAGGACAGUCUGAAGUCCAUCCUGGUGAUGAGCGGAGGGGAAGGUUACAUCGACUUCAGGAUGGGUGACGAGGGAGGGGACGUGGAGGAGCUGGACGAGCCUACGCUGAAGCUGCAGCCUUUCCUGGCCAAAGCGGAGCGCAGCCACCUUAUCGUGUGGCAGGUCAUGUGCAGUGACGAGUGAUGAGGCCCCGCCCCCAUCGUGCCACAGUGGAGGGGGGGGGGGGGGGGCGAGGAGGACCGUUGGAGCCCACAGGAAAACACACACUAAUACAAACUGCAUGCUUUUUUGGUUCUAUUUUUUUCAGUUUGAUUCUUUUUAACUAGAAAGAGAUUUGGUGAUUAUUGCUAUUAUUACGCUGACAUUAUACUGAUACUAUACUGAUAUUGAUAAACUGUUUUCCGUCUGUUUUCGUUCCGUUCUUUUUUUUUUUUUUUUAAUUUCCUUUUUCUCUAAGGGUUAAUGGUAUCUCACUGUGUGUCCAGUGUCAGAAUGGGGGGUUGGUGACACACAGGGCUCUUUGCAGGGGUGGCAGGCGCUGCCCCCCCUGCCUGGCGCGGACAUGGAGGAGUCCCGGAACCCAAAGCCCCCCGCAGCGUCAGGAAGGGCCAGCGCUUUCGGCAACCCUCAGCCUCAAGCCGACCGACGGACGGGACCCUGUCUAGAUAUUCCGAAUGGCGUGAUGGUGACGCGUCCCAUUCCCACCCGGUUUCCCCCCUUUCACAAAGUAAUAAUUUUUGAUUGUGAGCAGGACCGUUUACACAGAAGUUAGUCACCUGCAGAUGUAUCUGUGUCCGGCUGUAACGGUUUGUACCUGAAAUUCCAUCUCUAGGAUAAAUACGUUUAAUCUUUAGCAGCUACAAUCGUGUGGGGAAAAAUGUUUGCAGUUUGGAUCCCCGUAAAGAUGAUUAGUUCAAAUAGAAAAGCCUGAUUAUUAUUAUUGUUUUAUUACUUAGGUAAAAUAGGCGUGCUUGAUGGAGUCCGUCCCAGUCCCCGAGCUGCUGUCCUUACGGUCUGCCCGUUUUCACGUUAGGUCUUCCUUCAUAAACGCUAGAGCUCACAGACACUUUAAAUGUAACGCUGGCUGCCUUAGUUUCAGUACACUUUCACUUAAUGUUCCGGAAGCUAAUUUUUUUUUUGUUUUUAUUUUUUUUCCCCGUUGAUGUGUGAUGAGUAUUUAUCUUAUGUCUGAGCGUUACCGAUUACCAAAGGAAAACUAAUUAAGACAAAAACGAAAUGGUAAACCGCCUCAUUAACAUUUCCUUCACUGCCUUUUUGCAGUACAUUUGAUCCCUACCUUGUCGUUUAAUUUAGAGACAGUCCUUCACUAGUCUUCAUUACAAUGAUUAUUAAAUGAAAUAUAUUUUUAUGUCAUGUUUGCGAAACGAUUAAAUAUUUGCUUGCCAGGGAUCCGGAGCGUAGCGAUCGCCGCUGCACAUUGGAUUUUGUACACUUGUAGGCGGACGUUCCACUUUGAUUUGGUGUGAUGAUAUCGACGCUUUCUGAAACUUUUAUGCCUUUUUUAAUGGUCUUUUUUUGUACAUUUGUCUUUUAGACACUCUACUCUGUGUUUUAUUGGCCUCUUUAACUUCAAAGCAGAGUUGCAGAUGUUAAUUUAGUAUUUGUGCUGAUGACUGUGGGGGGUGGGGGGGGAGUGGUGCCUCAUCUAAUUUUUAUUCUCCAGGAGAAAAAAAAAAUCAGAUUCAUAUCGCAGUGUAGCCAUUUCAGUAUUUAUUUCUAUGAAUGAGCCUUUGGGGUUCAGAAUGUAACUUUGUACAUGAAAUAUAAAUAUAUAUAAAUAUGUAUAUGAAACAUUAGUGGCUUGGUUUUAUUGUUUUAAUGGUGAGCGUUGAAGAGAGAGUGGUCACCAGUGAGAAAGUGGCUGCUUUUUUUUCUUUCUUUCUUUCGAAACACCACUACUCAGCUGAGCUAUGCACAUUUUUAAAGAUCGCAGCUGCGUCUUUUUUCGUCUCCAUCUGUUCUUGGCACUUUGAGGUUGAGUGGGGCCGCGAUUGGCUGAGGGAGCCUCGCCCUCCUGGGAAACCGUCCUUGCUGUUGGGGGAGGUCCCUUGUCUCCUGUUUCCUGUUGCCAUGACCGCACUUCCUCCAAUAGAUGUAAGCUUCUACAGCACAUUAGCCUUAUUUUUUAAAUAAUCUAUUAAACUGGUUUUUUCAUGGGUAA